UGGGAUGAGGAGUGCCACGUGCGGUGGUGGUCGCGUCGGGAGUUAUGGUGUUCGCAGGUUGAGUGGCCGCGCGUGUGUCAUUGGUUUUAACAUUGGCGACUGCUUUUGGAAAGGGCGCCGGUUUUUGCGGUCAGGAGUUUCACUUUUCACGCUCGGUUGGAUUGGUGGCGCGGAAUGUCCGUGUUUCAUGACGAGAUAGAAAUAGAAGACUUCGAGUAUGACGAAGAAACGGAGUCCUUCAGUUAUCCGUGUCCGUGUGGCGACAAGUUUAUUAUAACCAAGGAGGAGCUGAUUGCUGGUGAAGACGUCGCUACUUGCCCGUCGUGUUCGCUCAUCAUUCGGGUCAUUUACGAUCAGGACGACUACCUGGAGGAGGAGCUGCCGACGCCAGCGGCCGUGCCAACGACUGAGCCGCUGCAGACCGUGUGAUCGGCGCGCCGAGCGCGACGCUUGCCCAGCCUGGUCCGCUACCCCGGGACGCC